CCUGUCGGGCUGUUCCGCCUCCAGCAGGAAGGAGGGUAUAAAAACGCAUCGUCCGGGCUCCAUCCGUACCAGCGUCUCCGCACCUCACAGCACAACAGAAGCCACCAUGUCCUCCUACAGGCAAGUCUCCCGGUCCUCCGCCUUCUCCCAGUCCUCCGUCCCCGUAACUUCCACCUACCGGCGCGGCAGCAGCAGCGUCUAUGGCGGGGCUGGAAACAAAGACGUCAAGGUGUCGUACGCUUCCAACGGCAUCGGCUCCGGCUUCAACCUGGCCAGUGCGUUCGGUGGCACCGACAGCAGCCUGUCCGUGUCCGGCAACGAGAAGGUGACCAUGCAGAACUUGAACGACCGCCUGGCCGCCUACCUGGAGAAGGUGCGCACCCUGGAGUCCGCCAAUGCCAAGCUGGAGCUGCAGAUCCGGGAGUGGUACGAGAAGCAGACCCCCGCAGUGAGGGACUACAGCAAGUACCUGGUGAUCAUCGAGGACCUGCGCAACAAGAUCGGCGUUGCCACACAGGACAAUGCCAGGCUGAUGCUGCAGAUUGACAAUGCCAGACUGGCAGCAGAGGACUUUAGAAUCAAGUUCGAGAACGAAAUGGCAGUACGCAUGUCAGUGGAGUCGGACAUCGCUGGGCUGCGUAAGGUCCUGGAUGACCUGACAGUGGCACGAUCCGACCUGGAGAUGCAGGUGGAGGGCCUGAAGGAGGAGCUGAUUUACCUGAAGAAGAACCAUGCUGAGGAACUCGCAGCCCUGCGUGCCCUAGUCACCGCCAGCUCAGUAAACGUUGAGGUGGACGCCAAGCCUCAGGAGGACCUGAACAGAACCCUGGAUGAGAUCAGAGCUCAGUAUGAGCACAUUGCUGACAAGAACCGCCGCGAAAUGGAGGACUGGUACAAGGUCAAGUUUGACGACCUGAGUAAGGAGAUGGCAAGCAGCACAGAGACUCUCCAGACCUCCAGGACUGAGAUCAAUGACCUGAAGAGGACCCUGCAGGGACUUCAGAUUGAGCUUCAGUCCCAGCUCAGCCUGAAAUCUGCCUUGGAGGGCACGCUGACGGAGACUGAGGCCCGAUACAGCCUGCAGCUCCAGCAGCUCCAGGCUAUGGUCGACAGCCUGGAGGAUGAGCUGAGCCAGGUCAGGGCUGACAUCAAGAGGCAGUCCAGCGAGUACCAGCUGCUGCUUGACAUCAAGACCAGGCUGGAGCUGGAGAUCGCAGAAUACAGAAGACUGCUGGAUGGAGAGGAUGUCCAGAGGACCGUUGUAACGGUGAAAGAGGAGAAACGCAAACCAGUCAUAACUCAGAGGACAAAGGUGAUUGUUGAGGAGAUCGUUGAUGGAAAAGUGGUGUCCCACACAGAAGAUGUGGACACAGCAGUCAUCAGCAAGUAGACGGAUUAGUUCCCAACACAUCUGGAUCGAAUAUCUGGACUUGUAAACCUAGUCUAAAACUAACCAGGAUGAGAGUUUGUAAUGCAUUCUCUCCCACACAUUUGUACGACAUUUGGGGAAAAUAAUUACUUUGACUUACUAUCAAAAAAAGUACAUACAUUGUGAAACCAGUUAUAUAUUGUGCCUCAAUGAUCACAUUCAUUCCAUCCUGCUUCAUGCAGUACCACUUUUACACAUUAGGUGGAGGCACUGAGAAACCUAUUGUUAAUAACUUUAAAUGGAGUGAAGUAAUAAAAGAAAAGAUAACAUCCAGAACCAUUUUUUAAACAUUUUCUUUUGUCCAUGUCUGUGUUAAAGCUUACUGAAAACUGCAUUUUAUUGUAAUAUUUUUCUCAUUUUAAUAAGCUGUUACAUGUAACCAUUUAAAAGAGAGAAUUGUCAAAUUACAAAUGAGACCUUUAUCAGGAUGUCUGCUUGUCUUUGUGAUGCAAGUGUUUGUGUAAAUUAACCAACACCUCCCAUAAACUUUGACAUCUUUGAAUCUUUGCUUUUGAUUUUCUGAAAAGAAUAAAUGUUUGCCUUCUUCUCUAUGAA